ACGGCGAGGCGUUGGUUGUAUAAUGGCGCACAUUUCGGAAAUCAAGAGAGACCAAAGCCCAACUGGUAAUCGUCCCAACAUGAGUGAUCUGAGGAUUGUCCUGGUGGGGAAGAACGUGACAGAAAACAUCAGAGUGGGAAACUUAAUCUUAAAUAAAAAUGUGUUUGGAAAGAAAACACCACAACCUGAUGUGGAGACAUUCAUGGAAAGAGUGGAGAGGAGAAGCAUCACAGUCAUCAACACAACUCACCUGCUCAAGCCAGUACACAGACUACAAACAAUAGCACAAUACGUGUCCAAGUUGUCUCCUCCAGAGCCUCAUGUGAUCAUACUGGUGCUGCAGCACAAUGAUUUUAAUCAAAAGAAUAGAGACACAUUACCUUCAGUGUUGAACUGCUUUGGUGAGCAGGCGAUGAAGCGCACUAUGAUUCUGACUACUGAUGAUGAGACACGCAGUGCUGAACAUACAUUUGAAAAUGAAUAUAUUCAAGAAAUAUCUACAGAAUGUGGAGGAGGACGCCUUCAACUUGCACAAAAUACACUACGCUCUCAAAUACUUCAACAAGUGGAUGAAAUAAUCAGUCAUGGUGUAGUUGAAGAGACACAGCAGGUCUCAUCGCUGCAUGAAGAAGACAGCAAGAGGCAAAGGCGACGAAGUCAAAGUGAAGAACGCCCUAACAUGUGUGAUCUGAGGAUUGUUCUUCUGGGGAAGAAUGUAUCAGAAAACAGCAGAGUCAGAAACUCAAUCCUGGGAAUAGAUGUGCAUGAGAGUGAUGCACAUAUAAAGCAGCACAAUGUGCUGAAAAUCAGUGGAACAGUGAAGAACAGGCACGUCACAGUCAUUAACACUCUUCAUCUGCUGAAUCUAAACAUCUCAGAUCAUCAGAUCACACAGACAGUGAGAGACUGUGUGAAUCAGUCUGAUCCAGGACCACAUGCGUUCAUACUCAUACUGCAGUAUAACGACUUCACUGAGGUGGACAUGCAUAGAGUGAAACUUGUGCUCAACAAAUUCAGUGGAGAAGCGAUUAAAUGUGCCAUCGUUCUCACGACUGAUGAAGAGAGAGACGACUCAAACAUUCAUCAGCUAAUAAAGGAAUGUGGGGGAAGAUAUUUGGAGUUUAAAAAAGAAACCCCAGAAUGGCAAUCUGACAUAUUCAAGAGGGUUGAUAAGUUACUUCAGGAAAACCAGGAAGAAUUUCUCACAUGUGAAAUAUUUCAUGAUGCUGAAGGAACAUCAGUGGAUGAAGAGCAAAGAUCUCAUGGUUCAGUCAGAUCAGAGGAAAAACACAAAGAGCGUUCUUAUUGCAAAGAUGAUGGAAAACUCGAACAGAGCAAGAGAAGUGAAGAAAGUCUAAUUGAUAUAAGAGAGUGGAUUCGCUCCAACUUGCCAGCAAAUCUCUCUGGAAAACAGAAGCUGAACCUGGUUCUGUGUGGAAGUGAUCCAACAUUUAAAGUCUCUGUGUCCAAACUUUUACGAGGAAAAAAUAUAAAACCUUCACAUCAGAGAGAGAGCAGUGAAGGGUGUGUGAAGAAAGAGAAGAGGAUUCAUGAUCGUCAGAUGAGUCUGGUGGAGCUUCCAGCUCUGACUCGGCUCUCAGAGGAGGAAGUGAGGUGUCAGACUCUCAACUGUGUGUCUCUCUGUCAUCCUGGAGUUCAUGUUUUCCUCCUCAUUGUUCCUGUUCCUCCACUUACUGAUGAAGACAAAACAGAAUUAGAGAAGAUCCAGAAGAACUUUUAUUCCAGAGAGCAUUUCAUAGUAAUGUUUAUCAGUGAAGGCACUGUUAAAAGACCAGUGACAGAGUUUAUAAAAAACAGCCCAGAAUCUCAGAGGUUAAUCAGUCGUUGUGGAGGUCGGUACUGUGUGAUGGGUUUAAAAGAGCAUGAAAACUCAAGACAGAUCCCAGAACUACUGGAUUAUAUAGAGAACAUGAAGACUGAACCAUAUUCACCUCAGAUUUAUGUGCAAGCUCAGGAGAACAGAGCCAGACAUCAAACAGAGGAGAAAUAUGAAGAGAAACUGAAGAAAAUGGAGGAUGAAAUCAUAGAGUUAAAGCAGAAGAUUCAGUCAGAAGGUGCUGAAUGUUCAGAUGAUCUGGAGAGUUUGAGGAUUGUGCUGAUCGGGAGGACAGGAAAUGGAAAGAGUGCAACAGGAAACACUAUUCUGGGAAGAGAUGAGUUUGAGAGUCAAGCAAGCAUGGAUUCAGUGACGACUGACUGUAAGAAGGGAGUUGGUGAAGUUGAUUGUCGAUCAGUAGCUGUUGUUGAUACUCCAGGACUCUUUGACACAUCACUCUCAAAUGAAGAAGCGGUGGAAGAAAUAGUGAAAUGUGUUUCAAUGUCGUCACCUGGACCUCAUGUGUUUGUCAUUGUGUUGAGUUUGGGAAGAUUUACCAAGGAAGAAGCAGACACUGUGGAUCUGAUAAAGAAGAUAUUUGGUCCAAAAGCUGCUCAGUUCAGCAUCGUUCUUUUCACUAGAGGAGAUAAUCUCAAGGGUGAAUCUAUAGAAAAAUAUGUGGAGAGAGGAAAAAAUGCUGAGGUCAAGAAACUGAUCAGAGAUUGUGGAAACAGAUUCCUGGCUUUCAAUAACAAUGACAAUCAAGACAGAACUCAAGUGAUUCAACUGUUAAAGAUGAUAGAAGAGGUGAAGAACACUAAUGAGGGUCGAUACUUCACUAACAGCAUGUUUGAGGAGGCAGAGAUGUCCAUUAAGAAGAGAAUGGAGGAAAUAAUGAAAGAGAGAGAAAAAGAAAUUCAGACUCAGAAAGAUGAGUUACAAGCCAAAUAUGACAGAGAAGUGAGAGACAUGUUGAAGAGACUUGAGGAAGAGAAACAAAGAGCAGGUGAGGAGAGAAUGAAAAUGGAGAAUCAAUUCAGAGAAAAUGAGGAAAAACUCAGAAAAGAGUUUGAAGAGAAAGAAAAAAUGGAACAAAUGAAACAAGAGAUCGAAAAACAGAGGCGAACACUAGAGGAAAAACAGCAACAAGCUGAAUAUCAUCAAAAUAUAGAAGAAAUGAAGAGAGAGAUUGAAAAUCAGAGAUUGCAGUAUGAAAAACAGCAGAAAGAAAGAGAAGAAGAAGAUAGAAAGAGAGAAGAGAAAUACAAACAAGAUCGAGAAAAGAUGAAACAUGAACAAGAAUGUGUUAUGACACAGUUAAAGAUGAAAGAAGAAGAAGAAAUAAAAAAGAGAGAUUUGGAGGAGAAAAGGAGAAAUGAACAAGAAGAGAAAGAGAGACAAGAAUGGGUGAGAAAAAUAAAAGAGGCUGAAAUUGACAGAAAAGAGACUCAAGAGGAAAUUAAACGACAGCAGAGAGAAUGGGAGGAUGAAAAGAAACGACAGAUGAGAGAACGAGAGGAAGAGGAAAGAAAGAGAAAAGAGAAACAUGAGGAACAACUGAGAGAAAAACAAGAAGAACUGGAGAAAAUGAGAAAGAAAUUUGAAAGAGAGAAAGAAGAAGAACGACAGAAGAUAGAAGAGGAGAGACAGAAAGAGAGAAGAGAAAGAGAAGAAAAAGAGAGAGAAUAUAAAGACAAGAAAACUGAAAUGGAAAGACAUUAUGAGCGGCUGGAGCGAGAAAGAAAAGAUGAGUGGGAGAGAAGAAAACAAGAAGAUGAUGAGAGACGAGAAGAAGAGAGAAAGAGAUGGAAGAAAAUGAUUGAAGAUCUGAAACAAGAGCAAGAAGAACAGUUCAAGAGAAGAGAAAGAGAGGAGAAUGAGAGAAAAGAAAGAGAAGAGAAAGAGAGAGAUGAAAUGAAACAGAAACAUGAAGAGGAAAUAAAAGUCAUAAAGAAGAAACUUGAAGAUGAAGCCAGAAAACAAGCAGAAGAAUUUAAUGAUUUCAGAAAGAGAAAAGAGCAGCACAUUCAGCAGCUCCAACAGAUGCUGGAAGAACGUCAGAAAGAAUACGAAUUACUGGACAAACUCUAUCAACACUUCAAAGAUGAGAAAAGUGAAGAAGUGACAAAUCUGAAAAAACAUAUUGAAGAUUUAAAAAAUAAAUGGUGUAGACUUAUGUGAAACUCUCAUAUUCAUCAGGGAGCCAAAUAUAAUUUUCCAGAUUUAGUUUUGGUUUUCCACAAUUGAACAGAUUUUCUUCUGGUGAGAUACCAUAAGCAUAAGCAUAAAUGAAAUGAUAAAAAUGUUUUUUUUUUUUUCAUUAUUAUUAUUUUCAGAGACAAAUUUGGGAAACUGAAAAGCCUAUUUAAAAAAAAUAGGUCAUUCUGUGAUGCCUUUUAAUUGUGAACUCAUAUCUACCAAACUGUGCUGCAUCUGAUGUGUUUUAUGUGACUGUCUAUACAACUAAAAGGGGAUGAAAGUAACACUUUUUUGUUCGAGCAUCAGUAACUCAGUGGUUGUUUGUGCUGGAUUUCUCAAACAACAUACACGGUAGCCACAUUUGUCUACUGCAAAUAAAACUCAAGUAAGGCUGAAAAUGAUCAAAGACUUCUGCUUUCCUGUUCCAAACAUAUCUUGAGUAACAAAAGUCCAUUUGGCAUUACUGAAGGCACAGAAGUGCUGAUAGUGUUCAAGGUCUGUCACACCUUUUGCACAGUGAGUGAAGCUGUAAUCUGCUGAUUGGUCAGUUUGAAUGUCUCACAUUUGGUUUUUAGUCACAUGGUCAAGGAAGGGAUAAAAGAAGACUGUAACUGUUGCUCUGUCUCUUUCCUUUGCUGGCACUCUCUUCUUGGGGCUCUGCCC